AUGCCAAAUCGCAAAACACAUCCUAGGCAAAGUGAGAUGCCAGAUGAGGAAGUAAAUGUAAAUAAUAGAAUUUUUAGUAAAACUAAAGAGUGGAGAGUUAGUAGAUUUAAUGGCUCAGAAGAUAUAACUGAGUAUUUUUGUCAAUUUGAAAUAACCGCAAAAGUAAAUAAGUGGACAUCACAAGAAAAAGCACUAUCCCUUUUGCAUGCACUAGAUGGGAAAGCAAGAGGUGUAUUUCACGAAUUACCAGAUAUUGACACAGUCACGUAUAACGAGAUUAAAGAGCUGUUGUUUAAACGAUUUGGACCAUCGAACUAUUCAGAAACACACGAGUAUAGUUUAUCGCAGCUUAGAUUACAAAAAGAUCAGAACAUUCGAGAUGUGUCCCAGGAAGUUAACAGACUGUCAAGGCUAUCCUAUCCAGAGUUAAGUAAUGCCAUGAGAGAAAAGUUUGCAGUAAAACAUUUAAUUAAUGCCAUUGGUAAUAAAGAUAUCAUGUUUUAUGUAAAGGACAAAGAACCAAGAACAUUAGAUGAAGUAUGUCAACUAUAUGAAAAAUAUAAAGUUUUAUCAGAUGAUGGCAAGAGAAGUCAUUCGAGAUCUUUAAUUCAGAUAGUUCAAGAUAAUGACGAGUUUGAUGAUAAGAAAUCCAAUGUUGUUAAACAGGAUGAUCCAAUUACAAAUAUGAAUAACAAAAUAGAAAAAUUGUUCAGCAUGAUUGAUGAGAUUAAACGAGAUAAGUUUGAAACCAGAAAUAACAAUCAGAGAAAAGAUGUUAACAAUAAGUUUGGAAAUAAUAAUAAUUUAGUCAGAAACAACAGUACGAUUGACCAAAGAAAAAGUAAUUAUCAGCAAAAUAACAGAAACUUCAGUCAAGUGAACACUAAUAACUUCAGACAAAAUGUUGGUAGUUUUAAAAAUACGACGAGAUUAAAUCGAAACGUUCAAACAGUAAAAACGCCCUACAAGUGUAACCACGAUAAGGAAGCAUUAGUUCAUUUAGGAGCUGUAUUUAGAAACAAACAUUUAAAAUGCCUACUAGAUAGUGGUGCAGAUGUGAAUCUUUGUCCAAAGAAAUUUGUUGAUGAUUUGAAAAUUUUGAAAAGUAACAAAGAAUUGUAUGCAGUUAAUAACAUGGAGUUAAUAGUAAACGGAACAAUUACACUGCCAUUAGAACUUAAGUAUCAGAAGAUUCUUACAACUUUCUAUGUGUCACCAAACGUUGAUCAUAUAAUUCUAGGAAAGAAUUGGUUAUAUGAUAACAAUUGCAUUUGGAAUUUUAGAAGGAGUAGUGUUGUAAUAAACGGAAAAAGUUACAACCUCGUAAAAUCUAGACAAGAAACAGAUAUAAGAUGCAUUUCGAAAGUUACAGCUGUCAUCCCACCCCGCAGUGAAAUGUUCAUUCAGACGUUUAUAGAAAAAUCAAAUUUGAAGCCUUUAGGACAGAAUACAGCAUGGUCAACUAGCAUAAAUAAAAUCAAAAACAAUUUGUUAACUGCGAGAUCAUUAAUUGAUGUCAAUAAACCGUCUACGAGUAUUAGAGUAUGUAACAUAUCUGAUGAGAAAGUUGAAAUACCUAAGGAUCAAGUAAUCACCAAAUUACAUGAAGUAGUUGUAGUUGAUGAUGAAGUUCAAGAAUCAAAUAACAAGCCCACCAAAGAAUAUGAUGAGACUAUAAAAACAAUAGUUGAUGAGUGUUGUUCUGACUCUUGUUGUCUUGUGUUGGUCGUGCGAAAGCCGAUCAGACUCGACGGCCCAGUGAAAACAGGCCAGGGUUGUGCGAAAGCCGACCGACUGACUGACAGGCCCAGUGAAAACAGGCCCUUGGUCGUGCGAAAGCCGAUCAGACUCGACGGCCCAGUGAAAACAGGCCAGGGUUGUGCGAAAGCCGACCGACUGACUGACAGGCCCAGUGAAAACAGGCCCUUGGUCGUGCGAAAGCCGAUCAGACUUGACGGCCCAGUGAAAACAGGCCAAGUUGUAUCGACAUCACCAUCGGAUACACACGUCGAAGUUGUACGAUUAAAACGCCAAGAAACAUAUUCCAAGUUGAAGACCCAACAAGAAGAGUUCUAA